GACGCGGCUGCCAAAGUAAAGAUGGCGGACUUGUUGGGGACCGAGCUGUCAGAGGAGAAAGAAGCAGAAAUUGAGUUAAAGAAGAGGCAGAAACGACCGUGGGAUGAUUUGCACAAGUCCGGUAAAAUCGGUAUAACACCGGAACUGCCGGAGACGUUGGGAUUUUACGACAUAAGCGCUGUCAGGAGGGAGCAACGGGAGCGCGCCGCAGAUCCGUCGUUGACGCGCUUCAUUAGCGCAGAGCUCACCAGAGGCUACUUCCUGGAGCACAAUGAGGCAAAGUACACCGAGCGCAGAGAGAAAGUUUACACAUGCAUGCGCAUUCCCAAGGAGCUGGAGAAGCUGAUGAUCUUUGGCUUCUUCCUGUGUGUGGAUGCCUUCCUGUACGUCUUCACCCUGCUGCCUCUCAGGGUGCUGCUGGCCGUGCUCCGCCUCCUCACCCUGCCAUGCUGUGGCUUCAGCGGGUCUCGGCUGCUGCAGCCAGCGCAGGUAUGUGACAUGCUGAAGGGCCUGAUCUUGGUGCUCUGCUUCUCCAUGAUGCAUUAUGUCGAUUACUCCAUGAUGUACCACCUGAUCAGAGGACAGUCUGUCAUCAAACUCUACAUCAUCUACAACAUGUUGGAGGUGGCCGAUCGCCUCUUCUCAUCCUUCGGUCAAGACAUCCUGGACGCUCUCUACUGGACGGCCACAGAACCCAAAGAACGGAAAAGAGACAGUAUAGGAGUCAUUCCUCACUUCCUGAUGGCCGUCUUUUACGUCUUCCUCCAUGCCAUCCUCAUCAUGGUCCAGGCCUCCACCCUCAACGUUGCCUUCAACUCGCACAACAAAUCCCUGCUCACCAUCAUGAUGUCCAACAAUUUUGUGGAGAUCAAAGGAAGUGUGUUCAAGAAAUUUGAGAAGAACAACUUAUUCCAAAUGUCCAACAGUGAUAUCAAGGAGCGGUUCACCGGCUAUGUUCUCCUGCUCAUCGUUUGUCUCAGGAACAUGGAGCAGUUCUCAUGGAACCCAGACCACCUGUGGGUGUUGUUCCCCGACGUCUUCAUGGUCAUCACCUCUGAAGUUGCUGUUGACGUUAUUAAACAUGCUUUCAUCACCAAAUUCAACGACAUCACUGCAGAUGUGUACAGCGAGUACAGAGCCAGCUUGGCUUUCGAUCUCGUCAGCAGUCGACAGAAGAAUGCUUAUACAGACUACAGUGACUCAGUGGCCCGGAGGAUGGGCUUCAUCCCUCUGCCUUUGGCCGUUCUGCUGAUCCGUGUGGUGAUGAGUUCAGUGAAGGUGCAGGGAGCUCUUUCAUACACGUGUGUGUUCCUCUUUUAUCUCGGGCUGGUUACACUGAAAGUGUUGAACAGUAUUGUGCUGCUGGGGAAGUCAUGUGUUUACGUCAAGAGAGCCAACAUGGAGGACAAACUGUUCGAGAGACCCUCCACCGCUCAAUCCUCCUCUGGGAAAAGCCCCAGCAAAGCUGACCAGGCCAGAUGUCCAACACCUUCAGGUGAAUCAAAGAUGGAGCAGAACCCUGUCACAGCCUGCAGCCCACCUCCAUCUUUUUCCUCAUCUGUGACCACCCAGCCGACUCCCAGGACUGACUUGUUUCCUCCCCCACCCACUGAGGCAUCUCCUGCUGCUCCAGCUAGCCGUCCCCCAACUCCUCCACCCGAACCUGAACAAGCUGCACCUGCACUCUCCAAAGAGGAGGAGGGCGAGGCACAAGGAGCCUCUGAACUGAAGCACAGGACUCCCAAAAAAGACCUGCUGGAGAUCGAUCGUUUCACUAUCUGUGGUAACCGCAUCGACUAACCAGCAGCAGCAGCAGCAGCUGAUGUAGUGAUUAACCACUCAGGAAAGACGGAGAGCAGUGGGCCCUUUGGCGCCGCUCUCCCGGCCAACAGCAGCAGAAAGCUGAGUAUUUAUUAAAGUCAGAGGCAAUACAGUAAGUUAUUGUGAAAAUGACGAUCCUGCUGUGGUUGAAGCCUGAAGUCGAGAAGUUUGACAAAAAAAACUUCAGCUGGCUGAAAAACAGCAGGAAAAAAGUGUGACUGUGGCAACUCAAGUCGUCUGAACUGUCGUGUGUGUGUGUGAGAGAGAGAGUGUGGAGGUGUUUGGAUGGUUCAGUAUUUGGAGUGAGAGUGCAGGUGUGAGAGUGUGUGUGAAACACCGUGUGUGAGAGCACAAAAGCACUUCCUGUCUGAGCAGCACUGGUACCAGAACGAGAAACUUCUCAGUUCGCUCAGCAGCCACAAAACAAACGUUCAAACUCUGAUAUUAAAGGUAACACCUGAAUCAGUCGUCAGUGCUCCAAGUGUUUCCUUUUACACCUGAUUCAUUAAGGUUCUUUUUAUAACUCGUCAGGUGUCAUCAGACAUAUCAUCGCAAUCUGCAAGAAAAACUAGCCUCUUUUUUUAUACAGCAGUCUUUAUAAUCAGACACUAAGGUUACUUUAACAGUUUAGCUCAGAUAUUCAGAUCUGGAUUGGCUUUAAAGUGCAAAAGGUGUCUGAGAGGUUCCUUCAGUAAUGGACUUGAAGCGAGUGGUUCCCAACCUGAGGCUCGUGACCUGCACCAGUCAAGAAAAAACACAUUUAACGUUUACAGAGAUAUUUUUAUUUAGACUUUUCUUCUGAAUUACUGUAUAAUUUGACCUUGUUUGGUCUCUAAAACUCUGAAUAUGGUCUCUGAAAUUUGUGAUAAGAGGUCACACACAGACAAUGAUUUGUUUUAAGGGGUCACAAGGCAGACAGGUUGGGAAACGCAGCUCUGAGCAGUCAGACGCCGCUCGCUCCAUUAACUGCUCAGCUCAGAAGUCUGGACGUCAGCAGGAGGUCGUGAAGCAUCAUCGUACUUCCCAAAUUCAGUCGAUGGAGUUAUGAACAUGACUUUUAAUUAGAGCCUUAAGUAGAGCCUUUCGUUUACACAGCCAACAGAUAAAGUCAUUUGCAGCACACACGGCGCCUUCAGCCACUGAAGGACCUUUCAUUACAGGAAGCAGUCAGUGCACGACAUCACAGAAGCUGCCGGUCAAAUGAAAGAGUGCUGACAUUAAAUCUGCUGCUUCUACCAGCCUCGCACGCAGACAGACGUCUUUCAGAGGUCCAGUUAAAACUGAAAAAACAAACCAGUAGUUGGUUAAUUAAAUACUGAAACAUGCUGAAGAUAAUCUCAAUUUUCUUCUUGCUUAGGAAACAUUUUAAACUCAAAUCAUUAUCUGAAAUCAUCUGAUCUUUAUAAAAGGGUGACGCAUCCUCCACUGAUCCAUGUCAGAAAUAUGGUGUUUAAUUUUUCAUUUCUUUCAGUCUAAAGAAUGUUUGCACUGAUGGACCGUAUUGUCUUAAAUACGACGGGUCAUGUUUCUCAUUCGACUCUCAAGUAAUGUUCUAAUGUUUACAUCUUAGAAAAUAGAAGCAAUAUUUCUGCAACAAAAGGCCUUUUUUGCAUGUGUGUUUUACAUUUUGUUGACUGACUUUAUUAAAUUGUUUGCCAUGAUUGAAACUUUUAUUUUACUGCAAUGAAAAAAUCUAUAAAUAUGUUAACAAAUCAGUUUUAUCAUCCAGCUUUCAUUUGUCACCCACGUUUGUAACUGAGUGUUAAAUAUGUUAUUAUUAACAUUAUUGCAGAGUUUUACAAUUCAUUGUCAGGCCAUACAGUUACAGCAGCCAAAUAUUUAAUUUGUGUCCAUGACUUUUGUUUUCUGAUCCACAGUCGUUAAAAUCAGUGAAUAAUGGUACGUUAUGUAGCACUUUAUACUGUGUGCCAUCUUUGCUUUGAGUUGUUCGACAGUUUUUAUAGUUAGCUGAGUAGUUUUAGCAGAAUUAUACAUAAAAAUCAUUAAAAGCAAAUUAUUAGGGUUCAAAUCCAACCAAAUGCUGGUAAAUUUUAAAAUGAUCUAUGAAAGAAAUCACUUCUCUUUGAGUUAAAUUCCUCCUGUCACUUUUAAUUUAUUUACUUUUCUGCCCUGGUAAUUAAACAAUCUAACAUAUGACAAUAAUAUAUUUAAAGUUGCUCUGGUACAAACCCUCAUUAUGUUAAGUGGAGUAUCAUAUUUUACUUUAAGCAGAGAGAAGAUAAAUAUCUAAUGUAAACACUUAUCUGCUUCUAUUUGAUUCUGUUUUGGAGAUAAAAGGUUGUUUAUAAUUUUCAUUACCAUUGUAAUAAGGAGAAUAGUUCUAUUUUUGGAGCUGCCAGCUGUGAUGUGACAAUAUUUUAUGCGCAUGAAAUCUGACUCUCUUCAGUCCUUCAUGUGGUUUUGUGAAAUGUCUCGUCUCCACUGGCCUGAGCUCAGUCUCGUUGUGGUCGGUCAGAGAGAUCGACCUGAACCUGACUGACCCACAGCUGGACCCAGCUGGGCUCCACAGAGCUAAUGGAGACGAGACAAGCGUGUUCCUAUGCGAGCUGCGAUGGUCCAGUACACUGCCUGCUUUGUCUCAUCAGUUUGGUUCUUUAUUUAAUUCCUACCUCGAUAUUGUAUGAAAAUGCCCCCUUUUGGAUUAAUAAAAGUUUGUUUCUUAA